AUGUCUUCCACAAAUUGGGAUGAUCUAUCUUAUAAGAUUCAACCUUGGAUCAAAGAUGCUAUGUUGUCUCUUGGGUUUUCCCAUAUGACCCCUGUUCAGGCCUCCACUAUUCCUUUGCUAUCGCAGAACAAGGACGUGGUAGUUCAGGCAGUGACAGGUUCAGGUAAGACAAUGGCCUUUGUCAUUCCAGUACUUGAAAAAAUCUGCCGGAUCUUUCUUGAUGAACCUUUUAAAAAGUCACACUUUGGAGCUCUUGUCGUGUCUCCAACUAGAGAGCUUGCCAAACAGAUCGAAGCCGUGUUCAACUCUGUAUUGGAGUAUCAGCCUGAACGCAGUGCUCUUCCACAGAUCAAAACACAGCUUCUUGUGGGUUCUAUUCAGUCCUUGCAAGAGGAUCUAUAUACGUUUAUCUCAAAAAGGCCACAGAUCCUUGUGGGGACUCCCGGUAGAAUCAACGAGUUUCUCCGUAGCAGCUCUGUCAAGACGAAUUCUUGUGAGAUACUUAUACUCGAUGAGGCCGACAAACUAUUAGACAUGAGUUUUCUUAGUUCUAUAGAAUCUAUAGUGAGAUUCUUACCUCGACAGAGAAGAACUGGACUUUUUUCGGCCACCGUUUCCAGUGCCGGAAACGAUAUCUUCAAAACAGGCAUGACGAAUCCCGUUAAAAUUACUGUGAAUUCAAGUUCUCUUCCUGGUGCCGAUUCCACUGUUCCCACAAGUUUGGGACUUUGCUAUAUGGUACUUCAGGCAAACAUGAAGCUUAAGGUAUUGCUUCAACUCCUUACAAAAUACAGAUAUCACAAGACCAUUGUAUACUUUCCUACGUGUAUCAGCGUGACAUACUUCUAUGGCAUCUUUCACCACCUUUUUUGCAAGAUGUUGCAGGAGAAGAGGAUUGACGACGAAAUAGCGUUGUUUUCUUUGCAUGGAAAACUUGAGGCCAAACCUAGAAUGAAAACGUUGAGUAAGUUUACCGAGUCUACUGAGGAGAAAAGUGUUCUCUUCACUACCGAUGUUGCUGCUAGAGGAUUGGACAUUCCAGAUGUAGAUCUUGUGAUUCAGGUGGAUCCUCCAACUGAUCCGGAUAUGUUUUUGCAUCGUUGUGGACGGACGGGAAGAGCCAAUAAAGUGGGUAAAGCUGUUACAAUGUUGAACAAGGGGAGAGAAGAGGACUACGUUGGUUUCAUGGACGUCAAGGGCAUAACUCUUGAACAAAUGAGCGUUCCUAAAAUAGAGCUCGAGUUCUCGGAAUGGUAUGAUUCCAGUUUUAGGCAAUGGGAACUCGAAGAUAGAGGUAGAUAUGAUCAUGCAGUGAGAUCAUACGUUGCAUAUGUGAUGUAUUACAGUAAACAUGUGGCAUCAUCUAUAUUCAGAAUAAGGACACUGGAUUACAAAGGGCUAGCUUCAAUGUAUGGAUUGACCAGAUUGCCGAAGAUGCCAGAAAACAAAUACGUUGAAGAUUUUCCAGAGGGUGGAUUUCUUGAUAGUUCUAUUAACUUCGACAAGUAUUCAUACUUGGAUAAGAGUAAAGAAGAGACGAGAUUAUACGAGUUGAAGACUCAAGAGAGAAAGAAGGAGAGAAGGGCUAAGACGAUGAAGAAGAAGUUCUUAGACGAAAAGAAUACUUCGUGGAGUGACAAGUCACUGAAAAAAGGAACUAAAGUUGAGCGACGAGUGAAGAUGAAACGAAGAAGGGAGGCAGUUGAAAUAGCAAUAGCGCAGAAAGAAGAAGAGGGUGACAGUAACGAAGCCGAAGACAGAGAAAAGGAAAAAGAUUGGAAAGAAGCAGUGAUUGAAAGUAAAAGGAGAAAGAAGUCAAAAAAGCAGGAAAUGGUUCAGGGAAGCUUUGAUGACUUGUGA